AAAUGAAAUUCCAAAAAAGGGCCUGUCAUUGCCAAUAUCAGCCAUAUCUUCAAAGACAAAAACAAAAGGAAAAACCCUGCUUAUCCCCAAAGAACUAUGGUCACUGGCACUCUUUAGGACUGUAAACAUAGAAACUGAAAAUUCAAGCUCCAACAAAAAUGGCUGUUUCAUCCUCUUCAAUUCUCUGUCCCUUACACUGCAACUUCAACUCUAACGGCAAAAACAACAAAAAGCUUGCCUUUUUAUCUGCAAAUCCUUUUCUCUUCAGCAUCUCAUCCAGACCCACCAACACCAAUAAAGGCUCCCCUAUCAUUCUCUUCUCUUACAAAUCAGGAAGUGGUUUGACAGCUAAAGACAAGAAAGUUUUGCGUGAAAGAUAUGGUUUUGAUCCCAAUGAGUACAUAUCUGAGCCAAAGACUAAAAGGAGAAAUGAUGUGCAAAGGAAAGGAAAAGGAAACGAAGUAGUAGCAGAGGAGGAAGCUAAGCCUCCAAGAACCACUCAUAAGUUGCUUCAGGUGCUUGGAGGAAAGGCUAGAAGAAAGAAGUUGCUUUCACCUAAAGGCAUGGAUGUGAGACCAAUGAUGGAAGUUGUAAAAGGUGCUGCCUUUGAUGUACUGCAGGUGGCUGGCGGCUGUCCUGCCGCUUUACGCCCUGGUCGCUGGUUAGACCUUUAUAGUGGUACAGGUUCUGUUGGUAUUGAAGCUAUCAGCCGAGGAUGUUCCGAGGUACAUUUUGUUGAGAUAGAUCCUUGGGUUGUUUCAAAUGUUCUGCGACCAAACCUGGAAUGCACUGGGUUUCUUGAUGUCUCAGUUAUACAUACUGUUCGUGUUGAAAACUUCUUAGAACAGGCAGACCGAUUUGUAGAUAGUAGUGGACCAUUUGAUUACAUCAGUGUAACACCUCCAUACGCCCAAGUUGAUUAUGGGUCCCUAAUGGCUCAAAUUUCAAAGUCAACUAUUGUUGGAGAAGACACCUUUAUUGUAGUGGAAUAUCCUUUGAGAACAGACAUGCUGGAUUCCUGUGGAUGCCUGGUAAAGAUCAAGGACCGAAGAUUCGGUCGGACACAUUUAGCAAUAUAUGGACCCAAGUGGGCACAGAAGAAAAGAAAGUCAGAGAAGACCCUUCAAAAUACACUACAGAAAGUUUAACUGCCAGUUUACUAGUCGCAGAUCUAUCUCUUCAUUGGUAUCAUCAUGUUUUCUUGCUGCUUGAUUUGUGUGAGCCGAACCCCAUGGUGUGUCAAGCUGAGUUUUGUAGGAGGAAGCUGGUCUGUUCUUUCUUUACCUUUUUUCUUUUUGGGGUUUUGUUUUUCUUUAGUUCUAUCUUUUGUAAAGGAAGUUGAUUAUGGGAAGGGGCAAAGAUCAUUGACAGCAAGACAUAUGUAAUCUGUUUAAAGCCUUAGUACUACUUGUUCUUCAGCCAUGGUUUGGAAAACAAAUGUUUAGCAAAGUAAUCAAGCAUCUCUUUCCAUUUUUUAGUAAAACUUCUUUUCCAAUGUUGUUGGUACAUAAAUUUGAUGACAGUUAACAUUGUUUUCUUAUCUAUUUUCAUCGUAAUUUGAAGAUCUAAAUGAAUAACUCAUUUUAGUGAUUGCUUUGGGUGAGGAACCAUUUAUAAGA